AUGCCUUCUCAAGAACGAACUCCGCUGCUGGCUCAUAGCCAUAACCCAUCAUUGGGUCCGGAAUAUCCUUUGCUCAAGGAUUUGCUCAACAUAAUUGACCGCUUAACACGUUCAUCGUGGGGAUGGCUGACCCAUGGGAAAUUGGUGUUUUCUCGGGGUCUUAUCCUAGCCUACCUCACAGCUGUCACGCCAGUCCUGGUUUACUACAAGAUCAAGUCGCACUCCGCGACUGAGAACGGCUCUCCUUGGGCUUCACUCUUCGAUUUUUCGACGGCGACAUACACCUGGAACUGGUUCCUUGCCCUUCUCGCUUUUGGCUGGAACUUUUUGAAGCAGCGUAUCCGUCGUCAUUUUCGCAAAGGUCGCCAUAAUGUGUGGGAGGCCGCAGUUUUGGCCAAGAUUGCCCCCUCAAAAGGCUCAAGCCCAUACGCCGACUUCUAUCUUAGUCUACUCUACACUGCCGUCCAAGUCUCCAGCUACCUCAACGCCAUCAUGUACUUGGCAGGAGGUGAUGGCGGUGAGACCGUAUCGAUGCCUCUGGAUGAAGAAUGGCUUCGUGGCUUUUAUGUGAUCAACUUGUAUUAUGUGCCAGCAUUGCUGUCGGCCAUUGACACCCUCGUGCUCAAUGAUGUCAAGCGUCAUGAGGCCUGGCCGUAUUUGGCCUUACCUAUGGGCUUCAUGUCUUUAAAGAGAAGCUCAUCGAACAAGUCUAUCAAGGAGGACUCGGCUGCCAGACUGACGAUUCUGAUGUUGAAGAUGGCCAGAAUGGAGAUCAGUCUGCUGAAGCCUGAGCGGAGCCCUGAGCGGCGCAACUAA